AUGGGCGGAGUGAUCACAUUUGGACGCUUUCGUCAGCAGAGACCGAAGAAACCGAGUAGAGAGGUUCGAAUUCGUACUGGUUUAAUCACGGGUUUUCUUGUGGACAUCGAUUCACAACGAGAAGUCGAAAUCUUUUUGGGAAUCCCGUUUGCACAGCCGCCAAUUGGAGAAAAGCGAUUUAAGAAACCCGAACCACCAUCAGAUUGGGAUGGGACUCUUGCGUGUACCCGAUUUGGUCCUCGUGCUCCUCAAGCAGAUUUCUUUUGGGAACGAUGGUCGUUGGGAGUUGGGAAAUCAGAGGAUUGCUUAAAUUUGAACGUUUUCGCACCCACGUGGUCACCGCCAAACAAUGAGGACGGUUUCGCUGUGAUGGUUUACGUGCAUGGCGGUGGCUAUGUGAUCGAUUCAGCAGUCAAAUACGGAGACGUCGGCAUAGCAAAAUAUUUGUGUCGACACGAUGUCGUUGUGGUCACAAUUCAGUACAGAUUGGGCUUAUUGGGUUUCUUCUCGACGGGUGAUGAGAAUUGUGCCGGCAAUUUGGGGCUAUGGGAUCAGACGAUGGCUUUGCAAUGGGUACAGGACAAUAUUCACGCUUUCAAAGGCGAUCCACGACGGGUGACUGUGUUCGGACAGAGUGCUGGUGGUGCCUCGGUUGAUCUACUCACUUUAAGUCCACACAGCAGAAAUCUCUUCCAGCAAGUGAUUCCGAUGGCUGGAAAUGCGGAAUGUGAAUGGGCGACAGUGACGCGAGGACGACUCGUCGAUUAUUGUAGACAAUUCGCGAAAUCAAAGGGUUUUAUAUCAGGAUCAUACAAUUCAAAAGCCAACGCUGACAUGCUGAAGUGGCUACGCGGUAGGCCGGCCAAGGAAUUCGAGAGAGCACUCAUCGGGAGAAAGGGAGUCGACACCUCGAAGUUAGGCCUUGAUUUGGCACCCCUAGUUGGCCAUGAUCCAACCGAUUUUUUCCCUAAACCAUUGCACGAUUUGCGUAAAGAGGCGCCCAAGAAAAACGCAAUGGCUGGAGUUUGUGAACAAGAAGGUUUACUGUUUGCUGUCGUCUCUCCAAAUAACAUGGAUGAAAAGGGUUUCGAUCGUCUCCUUUCCGUUUGUAUAUCCGAAGAUCUUCAUCUAAAUUUCAAAGAGUUACGAGCAGCCGCAAAACAACUUUAUAUGAAAGACGUUGACAAGGGAGAUAAACAAGCGAUGGCGAAAGCUUUUGUGAAGCUCUAUUCGGACGUUUUCCUCAACACUGGCACGAGUCGAUAUGUGAGAACGAUGGUGGAAAAUGGAAAUAAAGUCUAUUUCUAUUCAUUCAACCAUUUCAAUCCGAGAAGUUUUGGUGUGCUGGCGCUAAAAAUGCCUUUUAAAGCGGCUACCCAUUGCACAGAGUUAUCGUAUCUUUUCGGGCGUGGAAUCGUCUUUAAAUUCAAGCUAAAUGACGAGGACAGGAAAAUGAUCGAUUUGAUGUCAAAAAUGUGGACAAAUUUUGUGAAAUAUGGUAACCCUAACGGCCCUUAUGAAGACUCAACUGUUUUCGAUUUUCUCUGGGAGCCGAGCUCGGAAGGAAACAAUUUCAGUCAUUUAUCGAUCACGAACAAAUGCCAAAUGUUGGAGGAAUUUCAAGAGAAUCGCUUCGAAUUCUGGAGAAAUUUGCGAAUCGCCGCGAAAAGUGCA